GUAAAAGAAAUAGAGCGAACAGUGGAAAUGGCAGGUGCAGGAGGAGGGUAUGGAGAUGCAAACCAGAGGAUAGACUACGUAUUCAAGGUGGUGCUGAUAGGGGACUCAGCGGUGGGGAAGUCACAGAUAUUAGCGAGGUUUGCGAGGAACGAGUUCAGCUUGGACUCGAAGUCCACCAUCGGUGUUGAAUUUCAGACACGCACUUUGGUCAUCGAUCACAAGACCGUCAAGGCUCAGAUCUGGGACACUGCAGGCCAAGAACGAUACAGAGCAGUUACAAGUGCAUAUUACAGGGGUGCUGUUGGGGCAAUGUUGGUUUAUGACAUCACUAAACGCCAGACCUUCGAUCACAUACCCCGUUGGUUAGAAGAACUGCGUAACCAUGCUGACAAGAAUAUAGUCAUCAUUCUCAUAGGAAACAAAUGUGAUCUUGAGAACCAGCGUGAUGUACCCACCGAGGAUGCAAAAGAGUUUGCCGAGAAAGAAGGCUUAUUUUUCUUAGAGACCUCAGCACUGGAAGCAACAAAUGUUGAAACAGCCUUCAUGACUGUCUUGACAGAAAUCUACAACAUUGUCAACAAGAAGAAUCUAACUGCUGAUGAAAAUCAGGGAAAUGGGAACUCGGCAUCUUUGUCUGGCCAGAAGAUUAUCGUUCCUGGCCCUGCGCAGGAAGUCCCUGCUAAGAGCAAUAUGUGUUGUCAAGGAUCCUGACUUUAUUUAUAAUUUGUUUCAGUUUAGUGUAUUUCAUGGUUGUGUUCCUACUACCAAAUUUUAAAGGUUUGGCACAUUUCUUUUUGUAUAUUUAAAUUUUAAUUGUUUUGGUUGGUGAGUAAAGCACUAAAGGUGAAGGUAGAUACCCAUUGUUUUAUUUUUUUGGUUUGGGAGCAACUGCUUGGUUCAAUAUACAUGAAUUUUGUAGUUGAAUUGGUUGGACAUGGAGCGUUAUCUAUCGCAAGUGAAAACGUCGUCACCCGUGCCACAGUCUGAGAUGGCUAUUUUUGUCUAAUGGGGUCAUUUUGAAAGCCCUAUAAUCAUGGACUUGGGGACGAGGUCCUUCAUAAAUUCAGCAACAACGUUUUCAUGCAUGAAUCUCGUUAGAGGAUUGAGACAGCUAAACAAGACUGGCUUAACAAUGUGAGUCUUUUUUGGGUCAAGGCUUAACAAUGUUCUAACCAUCAAAUUAACAAACUUUAUUUAGGUCGUAUCAUAUUAACAAUCUUAAGGUAUUGAUAUGUAUGGACCGAAAAAAUAAAGGUUUAUGUAUAUAAUGGGUAUAGUUAAUUUGUAUUUUGAUUUCC